AUGUUGACAGUAUAUAGUGCCCAACUUUCACUGAUGCAUCCAGGAAUGGAAACUAAACAACCUGUUGCUGUCACAUUAACUACACCCAAAGCGCAGGAGCUUUUCACUUUCUUGCGGUCAUCCUAUAUCGAUGAGCGGUCUGGUCUCCCUCGUGGGAUUCCACAGCAUGAAAUGCGCACGGAUGAUAUCGAUGGCUUCCCAUUUUAUCGCCCCGAGCCCCCCAAAAUCUUGGGCCGCCUGCCUGAGCUGAAGCCUGCUGUCCUUUAUAUAUUUGGCAAAAGCUCGGAUUUCUCCUCUCCCGAUGCUCGUCAAGAGAAACUACAAACAACCGGUAUUGGUGUAGGUGGUAGUGGUGGUGCAUCUCGUGGCUGGGUGCAAGAAGUCGUUCUUCCCUGUGGCCACUUAGUCCCAAUGGACUGUGUUACAGAAACUGCACAAGCCAGUGCUGACCUUAUUGGUUCCGAGCUGUUGUUUGGAAAUCGAAAACUUCGGAGUUCCAGAAAGCUUGGAGAAGUGUCCCACAUCGUGAGCGAGUGA